UGAAGAUAUAAGUGAGAGUGGCAAAACGCGGGUCGGCAACUUGAACUGCCGUUAUGACCGAUUAAUGGUGAUCAAAUGGAGCAAGGGUUACGCCGAAAUUACCCAGAUUACUAGAUCACCAGAUCUGCAGGGAAGGGUCUUAACACCGCGGAGGCAUCAAACAUCCCUUCCAAAGACUAACCUCUUAUAUAAAUAAACACCAAACCAAGGCGUGAUUAUAACUUGUAUAGCAUGAGGGAUUAAGAAUUAACAGGCAAAUAUCUAAUAACUUGACAACGUACAUAACUACGAGAUGGCAUCAAACCAACCGGCCACGGCUAUGGUCAAACCACUAUCGAUGAUGAAGGAACUGACUCCCUUCGUAUACAUCUAUGAACCCGAGUCCAUCGUUACGCAGCAAACUACCCGAUUGCGAAUCCCGAAGCUCAUCUUCGUUGCAUCGUGGAUGGACGCACAAGACUUACACAUUGCCAAGUAUAUCACGCGUUACCAGGCCAUUUAUCCUACCUCUAUGAUCAUACUGGUCAAGUUUGUCUUCAAGGGAGCCAUGUCUCGUUCUCUUGCACAGAAAACUGUUGGGCCUGCUUUCACGUACCUUCGGUCCCAGCUCGAUUCGGGCUUUCUGUCGGCAUCCCCAACUGAACCUGAGAUCCUAACGCACGUAUUUUCGAAUGGCGGCUCUGCUACUAUACGAACGUUAUAUGGACUGUUCCAAUCUCAGACAGGGCGCCCCUUUCCGCUUCAUGUCGCAGUGUACGAUUCGUGUCCCGGAUUAUUUGCCUUUUCUCCUACUUAUAAUGUAAUAAUAAUCAACUUUCCAAAGGGCUUCCUCCGGUUGAUCGCGACUCCGUUCGUCAUUACAUUUGUUACGUGCCUCUGGAUCUUGCACGCUCUAAGAUUCAUAACUGGCGAGAAUUUCCUCUCGGCAAACUGGAGGGUUUUAAACGACUUAGACAUGGUUAAGCAGACAAAUCGUUCGUAUAUAUACGGCACAGCUGAUGUCAUGGUUGACUGGAGGCAUGUCAAAAUGCAUGCAAAGCAAGCUGCGGAAAAGGGACUAGAGGUACGAACAGAAGCCUUCGAACGUAGUCCACACGUAUCGCAUAUGAGAUCAGAUGGCGAACGGUACUGGAGGACUGUCACGGAAACAUGGGAAAGAGCAAUAACAGGGCAAUAGCUGACAAGUCCGGGAGAACUAGAACAUAUGUAUACCUCUUAUUUGUACUAUACUGCUAGUAGUUAUAUAACUCGAUAGUAUACAACUUGAAAGGAGACUUAAUUUGGCC